AUGUCAGACUCCGAAGGUACAAAAGUGAUGGAUACUGCCUCUGUUGCCUCUGUUGAUUCUUCCGCCGGUAAAGAAACACCUGAUAGAGGGGUUUUGGACGAGCACAAGGAUGCCUCCAUAGACCAAUCAGACCAGUCUUCAUGGAACUGGGAUGAUGAUCCCAAGAACCCAUACAACUGGCCACCAAACCUGAAGUUUCGACAAAUUUUGAUGAUCGCAAGCGCUGCAUUCACAACCUCUCUUGGAACAUCUAUAUUGACACCAGCGCACACCCAGUUCAUGGUGAGAUUCAACGUCAGCAGCACGGUUGCAAUCUUGCCCCUUUCGCUUUAUGUAUUUGCCCUGGCCCUAGGUCCAGUGGUUGGAGGACCUCUAUCAGAAACUGUCGGUCGCUAUCCUGUAUACGUCGGCUCGGUUGUAGUUGGCAGCUUGUUCACCCUGGGAGUUGGAUUCAGCAAUACCUUUGCAGGAGUCUGCGUAAUGCGGUUCCUCGCGGGGUUUUGUUUUGCGCCGAUAUUGGCAAUUGCUGCGGGGACUAUCAACGAAACAUGGAGACCUGCACAGCGGGCUAUUCCAGCGAUUUGUUUUGUAUUGACACCAUUUUUGGGUCCUGGCAUCGCGCCUGUCAUUGGUAGCUUCGUUGUCGUCCGGAAAGACUGGCGUUGGACACAGUGGACAUUGCUAUUCUUCGCAGCCUUCACUAUGAUCACUACCAUCAUGGCUCAAGAGACCUUCCAUCAAGUUCUGAAACGCCGGCGUGCGAAGGAACUAGGAUUGCCUUUACCUCCAUCACAGCCACUUUCUUCGAGGAUUCACUUCUUUGUAACGAUGGCUGUCAUUCGACCGAUCCAAAUGCUUUUUACAGAGCCCAUCGUGGCUUUCAUCUCCUUAUAUGUGGCAUGCGAAUUUGCCACUCUUUUCUCAUUCUUCGCCGCGGUCCCCCUGGUGUUCGAAACUAUUUACAAAUUUGAUCUUGAAAAAUCAGGCCUAAUAUUCUUAGCCAUAGUCGUCGGUUGUUUCCUCGGUGCUUUCACUGUUUUGCUAUGCGACAUAUUUUUCUACCGUCCGAAGUCAGCAAAGUAUCCACCACAUCAAGCACCUCCGGAGUUACGUCUGUACCCAGCUAUGAUCGGCAGUUUUGGAUUGCCUACCGGUCUAUUCUGGUUCGGCUGGACAUCCAAAGCUGACAUUUCGUGGGUUAGUCCGACUGUGGCAAUUAUGCUGUUCGCGUGGGGCAAUUUAUGUGUGUUUAUUAGUACAUCACAGUACAUGGUAGACACUUAUCGCGGCGUCACAGUAGCUAGCGCUAUGAGUGCAAACAGCCUGGCUAGAUAUGGGCUUGCGGGAGCAUUUCCACUGUUCAUACUUCAGAUGUAUUCGAAACUCCAUAUUUCAUGGGCUUCGACCUUUCUCGGGUUCGUCGCCAUUGCGCUUCUGCCUGUACCCUGGGUGCUAUUCGCGACCGGAAAGAGAUUGAGGGCUCUUAGUAAGUUUGAAGGGCUUGAGGAAUAG